AUGGUGAUAGGACCUGCUGAGUCUAUCGUUGUUAAGCUGAGUGAAGAUGUUCUGUUACCUUGUCACCUCUCCCCGAAAAUGAGUGCUGAGCGCAUGGAAGUGAGUUGGUUCCGAUCUCACUUCUCUGAUGCUGUCUACAUGUACCAGGAUGGGAAGGCUCGAGAUGACGAGCAAGCAGUGGAGUACAGAGGAAGGACUGAGCUUGUGAAGGACACUAUUGCUCAGGGGAAUGUGACCCUGCGAAUCCACAGUGUCAGGCUAUCCGACAAUGGACAAUACUGGUGCCAAUUUCAGGAAAACCAUGAAUAUAGAGAAGCCAAAUCAGAGGUGAUUGUAACAAGUCUUGGCACUGCCCCUCAUAUUAGAAUGGAGGGGCCUGUGGAAAAAAGGAUCCAAUUGGUGUGCAUCUCAAGGGGGUGGUUCCCAGAACCCCAGGCAAAGUGGAGAUAUGUUGGGGGAGAUGAACCACUUCCCUCAAAGAUUCAGAUCAUGGUCAUUGAUGGGCUAUUUCAUGUGGAGAUGUCCCUUGUGAUUAGAGAAAACAGUUCUGUGAAAAAUGUAUCCUGUUCCAUCUAUAAUCCCAUCCUUGAUGAAGAGAAGGUGUCCUUCAUUUAUAUCCCAGAAAAGCUUGAUGAAGAACUUGCUCUGAGAAAAGUGAUUGGACCUGCCCACUCCAUUAUCACCAGUCUGGGUGAAGAUGUCUUGUUACCAUGUCACCUCUUCCCUGAAAUGAACGCUCAGCACAUGGAGGUGGGCUGGAUCCGAUCUCAGUUCUCUGAAACUGUCUACAUGUAUUGGGAUGGAAAGGAUCAGAAAGAGGAACAGAUGGCAGAAUACAGAAGAAGAACAGUAUUUACAAAGGACACUAUCACUGAUGGGAGUGUUACUUUGAAAAUCAGAAAUAUCAGAGUUUCUGAUGGUGGUCAGUACCAGUGCUAUUUUGAGAAAAACCAAGUGUUUCAAAGAGCAAUGUUGAAAAUAAAAGUAGUAGAGAAGGAAUCCUUGGGUAUAGACAAAGAGUCAUUGGCCAAAGAGAGACAAUUCUUGGCUAAAGAAAGGGAAUCCUUGGAUACAGACAGAGAAUUCUUGGCUAAGGAGAGGGAAUCUUUGCAUAUGGACAGAGAAUCCUUGGCUAAAGAAAAUGAAUUCUUGGUUAAAGAGAAGGAAUCCCUGGAUACAGACAAAGAGUCAUUGGCCAAAGAGAGAGAAGUCUUGGCUAAAGACAGGGAAUCCUUGAAUACAGACAGAGAAUUCUUGGCUAAGGAGAGGGAAUUUUUACAUAUGGACAGAGAAUCAUUGGCUAAAGAGAGAGAAUCCUUGGCUAAAGAAAAUGAAUUCUUAAAGAGAAGGAAUCCUUGGAUACAGACAAAGAUUGCUCUCCAGGAAGAAACUGAGAGAAGAAAGGCUCUGUACCAGGCAGACUGGAGAAAGGCCCACCUCUAUGCUGACUGGAGGAAAGAACAGUUCCAGGCAGUGCAUGUGACUCUAGAUCCAGACACAGCACAUCCAGAACUUAUUUUGUCUGAGGAAUGGAGACGUGUUAUCCGGGGAGGACGUCCUCAGAAUUUCCUUGACACUGCUAAGAGAUUUGACUCUCUGCCUUGUGUUCUGGGCCAAGAGAAAAUCACCUCAGGGAGACAUUACUGGGAAGUAGAGGUUGGAAACAGAGGUGACUAGGAGUUGGGUGUUUGCAGAGAGGAUGUGAAAAGGAAAGGAGAGAUCACAGUGUCCUCUGAGAAUGGCUUCUGGGCUCUCAGGCUAUCUAAUGACAAAUAUUGGGCCCUCUCUUACCCUCCAACUUGCCUCUCCUUGAGACAGAUCCCUCACAAAGUGGCCAUUUUCGUAGACUAUGAUUUUGGAGAUGUCUCAUUCUACAAUAUGAAUGAUGGAUCCCAUAUCUAAAAUUUUACUUCAGAGUUCUUUUGUGGGGCCCUCUGCCCUUACAUUAGGCUUUGGUCAUGUGACCAAGCUCCUGUGACUGUCUGUCCAGAGCCUUAG